AUGCGCGUGUCCUCUGUUUCUAUCUGGGCGUGUGCCUUGCUCGCCAAGGGUGAGGAAGCAUCAUCAGCUGGGUGAGAUGGCACAUUUCGCUGACUGAUGAUGUUAUAGCAGCCCAUGGCGCCAGCGUGGCCGACUUUGUGGAGCAGGGCAUUGGUGCUAUCACCGUCGGUGCCAACUCGACUUUGAAUAGCACUGUUACUACUUCAUCUCCCAGUUCGAUCGUUACCAGCUUUGCUCUAGGAAAUGAGGGCAACGCUACCGUCUCUUGCGGAUACGCGCCGUAUACUUCAUCUAACUUGGAGCCAGCCGAAUCGUGGUAUCAAAUGCUAAUGGCGCUACUACACUCCUUCUUGAAGAAUCUGAAACUCGGUCCGUCUACGCUAUGCACGGCCAGACAUACACCGCCUCUGUCCUCCCCAAUGGCCUGGAAGUAA